AUGUCAUUAAUGAUGGACCAUCGACCUCGAGAGUUCCCUGCAGGGUUUCGUAAUAUUUUACCAUCCAUGUUUUGGCGUCAUCAGCGAAUAAUAAUGCCGUUUCUCCAAGGACAUCUGUCAGUCCCGACAGAGAACCAUCAACUCGAACCGAUACGUGUGCUCAAUACGGACAAUAUGAGUAUUUUGGGACUGACCAUGGACUACGGUCCCUUUGGAUUCAUGGAUCGAUUCAUGUGGGAUCAUAUCUGCAAUGCUUCCGACACAGACGGGCGUUACACAUACGCCCAACAGCCGUCUGUAUGCGCGUGGAACUGUGCGCGACUGGCCGAGUGUCUGAUCCGUGUCCUGGGCGAGGAGUCCAGUUCCCUAACCGCCGGUCAGUCUGGCUCCGAGAAAAAGGAAGAAACAAGCCUAGUGGCACGUUUCCGCACGGUUUUGGACAGCACUUACACACAGACAUAUCUGAAAGUGUAUUUACAACAAAUGCGCAAAAAGCUUGGACUGUUCGCAUCGGAUGUUUCCGAAGAUGAUCUUUUGUUCAAGUCUCUUUUCGACACUAUGGAACAGACAGGUGCUGAUUUCACCAACACAUUUCUGGCCUUGGGUUCAUGCGUUGCGGAUGCCACGGAUCAGAAUUUGGAUUUCCGUGAAACGAAACUCAAUCCGGAUCAAUUAUUGGACGAGUGCUGUGAUGUAGAUGAGUUACGAGAAGCAUACGAGCCGUCUGAUUUAGAACGACAACGCGAAAUGUUACACCGAUUUGCCGGGAUCGUUCGCCAUCUGAUUGAACGUAUUGAUGAUGGAAAAGUACUUGGAACAGAAGAGAAGGCGCGUCGACUUCAGUCGCUUGAGAACAUUACACAGGAAGAGAAACGUGAACGGGAUCGGCAGCUGUGGCAAACUUGGCUAGAUCAUUACUUCACCCGUUUACGCACCGAUAUGAAACGCCGACCCGAUGUGAGCAACGCUCAACGAAUCGCAUUGAUGCGAGCGACAAAUCCCCGGAUUGUUUUGCGAAACUUUUUGGCGGAGCAAGUAAUUCGGGCUGCUGAGGACGAAGAUUACAUGCCGGCCGAGCAACUGUUGGAGGCUUUGCGUCAUCCGUUCACUGAAGGCUCUUGCGCAGUAGAUGCUCAGUCAAAAACUGAAUUCACCAACGUGCUUUCCAGCUGUUCACGUCCACCGGAAUGGUCUCGCGAGCUACGGGUUACCUGA